AUGCAGGUUGACGUGGCUCCACAGUUCAGCGAGAUUCCUGCCAUUAGGUUUUUAGGUGGGUGUAGAUUGAUGCUAUGUCAAGUGAAAAACAGCACGCGGGAGACUGUGGGGACUGGAGGCUGUUGCCAUGGUCCCAUAAAACUGAUUCGAGUUAGACAUGUUGUCUACUUCUCUGUGGCUUCCAGUGAUGCCAACAACGUACCGUCUCGACUAUCGUCCAGCGACUCGUUGGUGCCACUGACCGACCAGCUGCUGCAACCUGCAACGCAACCCCCACAUCCCGGCGGUCUCCCGUUUGCUGCUCGCGCUGAAAUGCGCGCGUCCGUCACGUUCGCGCCCGCGUCUUCUCCAGGCGCCUCGUUGCCGCCGCCCGGUGCAGCGGGCGUCGGCGGCGCGGUGUGCCUCGGCUACGGCAUCGCCAUCUCCGUCGGCGUCCUCGUCUUCAUCUCCACCGUCAUGCUCGCCUCCUACAUCUGCGUCCGCGCCAAGGCCGGCGCAGCCGCCGUGCUGGUCCUCGUCAGCGAAGACGGCGCCGCCCCGUCGGCGCCGCCCGCCGCAGUCGUGGUGCUGGGCCUCGACGGCCCCGCCAUCGACGCGCUCUACCCCAAGUUCCAGCACGUCGGCGACACGUGCGCGGCGGGGGCGGUGGCGUGCGCCAUCUGCCUCGGGGAGUUCGCGGCCGGCGACGCGCUCCGGCGGGGGCCGGGGUGCGGGCACCGGUUCCACGCGGAGUGCGCGGAGCGGUGGCUGCGCGUGAGCGCCACCUGCCCGGUGUGCCGCGACUCGCCGCUGCCGUCGCCGAUGGCCACCCCGCUCGCGGAGGCCGUGCCCCUCGCUGCGCACGCUCGGUGACACAUGCACGUGCGCAGCCUCACAUGCCACUGUACUUUGUACACAAUUUUUUUGCUCUCUCUGCCUCCAAUUUUCUUUGCUUCAUUCGAAGCAUGAUCAAUGAAGUAAUCCUAGUGCAUCCGUAGUUUAUUACAUUAGCACUCACACAGUAUGGGGGUUACUACAGGGUUUUGUUCUAAUCUGGCAUUAGAAGCUUUGGGAAAUGGAUUAGCGUUAGUGAUUGUCUGAUAGAUGCAAUAUUGUAUUUUUUUCCUAGCACAAAUCAUCGGGCCGAUGUCUGCGGAUCUCGGUUAUUCACACGGUCACGGCGACGCUGCAAAUUUUUACUCCACCAAAU